CGCCCGACCCCGAGGUGCCCGCUAUCCGCCCUCCGCGCUCCCGCGCUCCGUUCCGACCAGGCCGCGCCCAGCUGGAAUGCAGAGAUCGCCGCCCGGCUACGGCGCACAGGACGACCCGCCAGCCCGCCGCGACUGUGCAUGGGCCCCGGGACCCGGGGCCGCCGCUGAGCCGCGCGGCCUCCCCGCCGCCCCCGCUGCCCUCGCAGCGCCCGCCGCCCCCGCCUCGCCGCCCAGCCCGCAGCGCAGCCCGACGCGAAGCCCCGAGCCGGGGCGCUAUGGCCUCAGCCCGGCCGGCCGCGGGGAGCGCCAGGCGGCCGACGAGUCGCGCAUCCGGCGGCCCAUGAAUGCCUUCAUGGUGUGGGCGAAGGACGAGCGCAAGCGGCUGGCGCAGCAGAACCCGGACCUCCACAACGCGGUGCUCAGCAAGAUGCUGGGCAAGGCGUGGAAGGAGCUGAGCACGGCGGAGAAGCGGCCCUUCGUGGAGGAGGCGGAACGGCUGCGGGUGCAGCACCUGCGAGACCACCCCAACUACAAGUACCGGCCGCGCCGCAAGAAGCAGGCGCGCAAGGCCCGGCGGCUGGAGCCCGGCCUCCUGCUCCCGGGCCUGGCGCCCCCGCCGCCGCCACCCGAGCCCUUCUCCGCGGCGCCUGGUCCGGCGCGUGCCUUCCGCGAGCUGCCCCCGCUGGGCGCCGAGUUCGACGGCCUGGGGCUGCCCACGCCCGAGCGCUCGCCGCUGGACGGCCUGGAGCCCGGCGAGGCCGCCUUCUUCCCGCCACCCGCGGUGCCCGAGGACUGCGCGCUGCGAGCCUUCCGCGCGCCCUACGCCCCCUCCGAGUUGCCCCGGGACCCCGGUGGCUGCUACGGUGCGCCCUUGGCCGAGGCGCUCAGGACCGCGCCCGCUACCGCCGCGCCGCUCUCCGGCCUCUACUAUGGCGCCCUGGGCGCGCCCGGACCGGGCCCGUACCCCGGCCCGCUGUCGCCACCGCCCGAGGCCCCCCCGCCCGAGGGCGCCGAGACGCUGGGGCCCGCCGCCGACCUGUGGGCCGACGUGGACCUCACCGAGUUCGACCAGUACCUCAACUGCAGCCGGACUCGUCCCGACGCCGCGGGGCUCCCGUACCACGUGGCGCUGGCCAAGCUGGGCCCGCGCGCCAUGUCCUGCCCGGAGGAGAGCAGCCUGAUAGCCGCGCUGUCCGACGCCAGCAGCGCGGUCUACUACAGCGCGUGCAUCUCCGGCUAGGCGGCCGGCGGGGCCCGGGGCUUGCUCCCGCAGCUAAGCGCAACUGGAUUGCUGUGCACUCCUGCUCUGUCUCUCUCCCGCAGGCAGGCCUAGGUCUCCCUGCAAGGGCGGUUCCCACGUGUGCUGGGGCUUUUCCAGGAAGCCCAGGCCUAGGGCCUGUUGGCUGGCCCCGCCAGGGUUAAGUUUUUGAAGCGUCUAAUUCUUUUCUUGCAGUGUAUUUUCUAGAACCAGGCUGUAUUUUUUACUUUGCCUUUUUUUUAUAUACAUAAUACAACGUAUUUAAUUUUUAAUUAAACUUUUUCUUCCAAGGGGUUUUAGUGACCAAAAGCACCAAUGUAGCAAGGCUUUUUAAAUAUGAAGACUACCACUGUUUGUUUGCUUUACAGGAGAAGCAGGAGCUGGGUCGCCCCUGGGCCAGGCGAGGCCACAAUAAAGUGACUCGCUCUUUCCUCUGAA